CUUGAAAGUGUAUAUAAGGAUCCAUUUUGACCAUUAUUCCCUCGCAUUUCCUCUUCAUCUUUUGCUGAAGGAACAUCGCUAGAGAAAUGGCUUUCUCGUCAGUGUUCACCCUUUUCAUCAUUGCAAUUGUGCAACAAAAUUUGGCACAAACAAUCAUCAACAAUGAAAACAAUUGUCAAUCUUUGUCAGUGCAAAAUGGAAAUGUAAGGAACAUCCAAAUUAAUGGAAUUCAAAAAUUCAGCUUCAAUUGUGGUAAUGGAUUUAUUCCCGUUGGCAAAACAAUUUCAACAUGUUACAAUGGACAAUGGAGCAAUCCAAAUCCUUCCUGCGCUAAUGAAAAUAUUGUAAAAACAAUAGAAAAUGGAUUUGUCACUUUAAUCGAUGAUAAAAAAUUACUUGCCGAAUGUAAAGCUGGAUUCGAACUUGUGGGAGAAAAAAUAAUUACUCUUGAAUCAAUUUGGCCAACUUGUGUUAAUAAAACUAAUUAUGGCUUAAUAGAUAUCGAUAAUGGUGUUAAAAAAUUUUUUAAAAAUGGCCACACUCUUAUAUGUUAUUAUGUAUGCAAUGAGGGAUAUCAAAUUUCUGGAAAAAAUCAAAUGAUUUUUCUAAGUAAUCGAUGGUUUGGUACUUCACCCUCAUGUAUUCCAAAACAAAAUAUAAACGAAACUGAGGCAAUUAAUGUUAAUAUUAAUUUGGAAAAUGGAAUUAUCACAAAAUCUGGUGAAUUUUAUGUUGCUGAUUGCAAUAGUGAAUACAUUCUUAUUGGUGCCAAAGUAUUUUCAACUUAUACACCUGAUGUUGUAAAGUGUAUCAAAUCGGAAAUCCAGCAUAAUGUAAAUUUAGAUAAUGGAAUAAUCAAUGCUUCUGACAAUGGACGUAAAUAUACAUUCCAAUGUAACGAUGGAUUUAAAUUGCAUGGAGAACAAGAAAUUCGUUUCAUCAACAAUCAAUGGACAGCACCUGUUCCUCUUUGCCUUCCAAUUAAAACCAUCCCCAAUGGAAAGGGAAUAAUGAAUAUUGAUGGAACAAUAACAUUUACAUGCAAUUUUGGAUUCAUUUUGUACGGAAAUCCAAUUGCUCAAAAUUUACCCAAUGCAGCAGUUCCAUUUUGCAUUUCUACCAAUGAUUUGGUACUUGAAAAUGGAAAAGUUGAUGUAACAAUUGUUUCCACUGGUUAUCAAUUGGUAUACAAAUGCAAUGAUAUGUAUCAACUUGUCGGUGAUGAGAAAAAUAUGAUUUUGACAAAACAAGAAAUUAUCAAUAAACCACAAUGUGUUCCCAAGAAUAAAACUCCCGAUACACAAGUCAUCGAUAUUAAAAUUCCAAAUGGUAUUCAUUUGAAUAAUGGAAUUUUCCAAAUUUCUGAUAAUGGAUAUACCUACACAUUCCAAUGUAACGAUGGAUUUAAAUUGCAUGGAGAACAACAAAUUCGUUUCAUUAACAAUAAAUGGACAGCGGCUGUUCCCCUUUGUCUUCCCGAGAAUAAAACUCCCAAUACACAUGUUGUCGUUAUUAAUAUUGCAACUGGUAUUCAUUUGAAUAAUGGAAUUUUCCAAAUUUCUGAUAAUGGAUAUACCUACACAUUCCAAUGUAACGAUGGAUUUAAAUUGCAUGGAGAACAACAAAUUCGUUUUAUUAAUAAUCAAUGGACAGCACCAGUUCCCCUUUGUCUUCCUGCCAAUCCCAGUACACAAGAUAUUGAUGUUAAUCAAAAAGCAAUUAAAACCAUUCCCAAUGGAAAGGGAGUAAUGAAUAUUGAUGGAACAAUAACAUUUACAUGUAAUUUUGGAUUUACUUUGUAUGGAAAUCCAAUUGCUCAAAAUUUACCCAAUGCAGCAGUUCCAAUUUGUGUUCCUACCAAUGAUUUGGUACUUGAAAAUGGACAUGUUGGUGUAAAAAUUGUAUCCACUGGUUAUGAAUUGGUAUACAAAUGUAAUGAUAUGUUUCAACUUGUUGAUAAACAGAAAGGUUUCCUUUUGAAUGGAGAACCAAUUCCCUAUAUACCACAAUGUGUUCCUGUUUGUCAAACUCUUUUUAUUAAAAAUGGAUGGGUUGAAAGUAAUAAUCAAUCAAAUAUUGCACAUUUUGGUUGUUGUGAUGGAUUCCAACUUCAGGGAUCAACUGAAUCGACUUGCGUCAAUGGACAUUGGAUUAAUCCAAUCCCUGUGUGCAUUCCUCUCUGCAAAGAAAUUACAUUAAUGAAUGGUAAAGCAACAUUUAAUAAAGAAUCAACAACAUUUAGUUGCAAUCCCGGUUUUUAUUUGUUGGGAGCAGAAGAAACUGUUUGCAAUAAUGGACAAUGGAUGGCAGACACUCCAGUUUGUAUUCCUAAUUGUCCUGCGUUACAAAUUGAAAAUGGAUUUUAUCAAAUAGAUGAAAAUAAACAAAUCUUUCAAUUCGGCUGUAAUGCUGGCUUUGAAUUAAUAGGAAGCAGUGAAAUUUCCUGCAGUUAUGGACAAUGGUCUAAGCCUGCUCCAGUUUGCGUUGCUGCUUGCCAACCUCUUCAUAUAAAUAAUGGAGUGGCAAAAAUGAAUAAGGAUUUCACUGUUGUUCGAGUACAAUGUAACUCUGGUUAUGUACUCAUUGGUUCACAGGAAAUUAAAUGUAACGCUGGACAAUGGAAUACAUCAGUUCCAACUUGUACUCCUUUGUGCGAAGCAGUUCAAACCUAUGGUAUCCAAGUUGAGAAAAAAGAUUUAUUAAAAUAUAAUUGUCAAAUUCAUUAAAAGAAAUUAUUAUAUUCUUUUAAUAUUAUAACAAAAAAAAAAAAAAAUGUACAAAGUUACUUUUAUAUAUAUUUUUGUAAAUAUGUCAAUUUUUUUUUCUUUUUUAAAUAAUGACAAUAACGAAACUGA